UAUUAUGUUGCGACAGAAAACGUAAUAGCCAUUAUUUGUUUUUCUUCUCCCGGUAUUUACACGAAGCGGUCAAUCAACGAUAUGUUUCAACAAUGGCCCGAUUUCAUACCAGACUCAUCCCUAACGGACGCGCCGUGAUAGUUUUCCCAUUUCCCGGAAUAUUUUCCUUCUCUAACGAUGUAGUAGUGCCAUGAUGGUAGAAAAAGUCGAAGGAUUUCUCAUGUACCGGAAACCAGUGUACAGAAUAUUCCAAUAUCUCGAAACUGAUGUAUCUCCGACAACCGCCGUGACACAAGGCUCUCCAAUAAGGUGCGUGUCGAGAAGAAGUAACAUGGAGAGCCCCCAGAAGUCUCCUCAAAAUAGUCCAGCUACGGGUGAACGGGCCACCGUUAAGGUACACUUACCGAACGGUGGCUUCAAUGUCGUCAGAUACGGCGAUUCGGUGGAAAUUAAAGCUAUCAUUCAGACGGUUACCGAGAGAUUAUCUACAGGGGAGAGAUAUUACAAUGGACUUUAUGCUAUGAGAUUAUCCAGGUCAAAUACAGAAAUGUACUGGUUACAUCAGGACAUUACAAUGCAGCAGGUUUAUGAAAAGUAUCUUAAAAAACAUCCAAACGCAGAUUGGAGGUAUGAGUUGAGGAUCAGAUAUUUACCGGUCACUUUAAAAGAACUUUUUGAUAAGGACAAUGUGACGUUUCAUUAUUAUUACGAUCAGAUACGAACUGAUUACCAUACCGAGUUCCAUAAAAAGAUCGAUCAAGAUACAGCCAUUCAACUCUGCUGUCUAGAAAUCCGAAAGUACUUCAAAGAACUGCCUCCGAACGGUUUGGACAAAAAGUCCAAUUUCGAAUACCUAGAAAGAGAAAUCGGUAUGCAGAAGUUCAUUCCCAACAGCAUUCUAGAACAGCUAAAACCGAAAUCCCUUCGAAAAAACAUACAAAUGCAGUUCAAGAAGAUAGCUCAUCUUUCCGAAGCUGACGCGAUGUUCAAGUACUUGGAAAUCUUGAAGUACCACACCAAUUUCGAUCAGGAGAGGUUCAGGGUUGAUUUCGGAGGCAGUUUUACAGUACCCGUGGAGCUGGUCAUUGGUCCGGAUAUAGGUAUCUCUCACACCAACGUACAAGCCUCCACCACCAAGAACAUCGCCGAUUUUAAGCAAAUUCAGGCCAUUCAAACUCUGGUUAGUGAUUGUGAAGAGCAUCCCAAGGCGACUUUGCAACUCAAGGUCGGCGGUACUUUGGAGGUGUUGUUUUUCACCUGCGCCAAUAUUGAUAUCGCCGAGAGUUUGGCGGAUCUGAUAGAUGGCUAUUGUAGGAUUCAUCAUAACUCUCAGAUAUCCGUUUGGAAUAAUAAAGCCACUGUUUGGAAACAAUUUCCUUGUCCAUGUAAAGACUCCAAAGAUGCUGCACCAGUUAAACCACAUCUUUCUAACAAAGAUUAUUCCAAUUCUACGGGAACUAUAUUAUCUGAAGACUAUGCAGAAAUCGUCGAAGAGGGAGAUUAUUCCAUUCCUGUAGUAAAAAAUUACGAAUUGAAUAGACACCAAAUCGAAUUGCAAGAGAUAUUAGGAGAAGGUCAGUUCGGAGACGUCCAUAAAGGUUGUUUUAAGACGACGGAAGGAAUGCUCGUUCCAGUUGCUGUCAAGACGUGUAAAGGCGACGCUGAUCUAGCUACCACAGAAAAAUUCUUGGAAGAAGCAUACAUUAUGCAGAAAUUCGACCACCAGCACAUAAUAAAACUGAUAGGUGUGUGUUCCGAAUCUCCCGUUUGGAUAGUAAUGGAGCUAGCCCGAUUAGGCGAGCUGCGGUCCUAUCUUCAAAAGAACAAGACCCGACUGGACCUUUCCACUCUCCUCUUGUAUGCAUUCCAGCUGUCGACGGCUUUAAGUUACUUAGAAUCUAAGAAGUAUGUACAUAGAGAUAUUGCUGCCAGAAACGUGCUCGUCAGUACUGAUAGAUGUGUCAAAUUGGCCGAUUUCGGGCUGUCCAGGUGGAUGGGAGACGACCAAAGUUACUAUAAGGCAUCUAAGGGAAAAUUGCCCAUUAAAUGGAUGAGUCCCGAAAGUAUUAAUUUUAGAAGAUUUACCACUGCUAGUGAUGUAUGGAUGUUUGGUGUGUGUAUAUGGGAGAUUUUAAUGUUGGGCGUAAAACCAUUCCAAGGAGUCAAAAAUAACGACGUCAUCGGAAAAAUAGAGAACGGGGAACGGCUGCCGUUACCUCCCAAUUGUCCUCCUCGUCUUUAUUCUCUGAUGUCGCAAUGUUGGUCGUACGAACCUAGUAAACGACCGACGUUCAAAGAUAUUAAAGAAAUCCUCCAGGAGAUUCUUCUGGAAGAAAGGAGCGCACAACAAGAUACGAUAAGGAGGGAGAACAGAAAGAUGGCAACUAUGUCUUGGGGACCUAGCGACGAUUUUAUUGCUCCUGUCAAACCUGAUAGAUAUCCAAUGAGAGGUGGUGAUCCUCCGUCGUUACAAGAACAUCCAAGCGGUACUCAGACGUACAUAAUCGCCCAGAAUCCAGAAGUGCUGGCCCAUCUAAUGAAAGAAAACGAAAACAGAGGGUACAAUCCUGCUGUUUACAACACUCCCGCCUCGGUAUUUAACACAGUAGCUGUAAACUUCCAAAAAGCGGAAGAUACCAUUGAGCCAUUCCUUAUAACCGAACCGAUCCCUAUGCAUAACCUCCAAAAACUCGAUCCAGAGGUCCACGACAACGUUCCCAUCGAGAAGAAGACGAGUACCCUGGAAAGAACGUCUUCUCGAUCGAGUACGGGUAGCUCUACGCCAAAAAUGGGCUCAUUGGACCGGAAGUCCUUGGAGAGCUCUGCAUCUUCCAAGUUUAGCAGCUCUAUAGAGUUCAAUAGCACUCCGUUUAGUACUCCAGGAGUCUUCACUCCGAAAUUAGGAUCUCUAGAACGAAAAUCUCAUAAUACGUCGCCGAAAAUGGGCUCUCUAGAACGCCAACAGAAAUUCUCGUUGAAAAUGGAUUCUCUGGAGCGUAACGUCCACAUGUCCCCUCAAGCCCAACCCGUCCCCGGAGGUUAUGACGUCGAUCACAUCCCUAUUUACCACCCCCAUCCCGUCAUUUACCAGUUUAGCGAUAAAUCCAAAGACCCUCAACACUUUAAGGAGAGCAUAUAUGAUUUCGGCGGGGCGAAUGUUAAAAGUUGUGCGCACAAACAGCAGUUUUUAGUUCAAAACUCCGCGCCCCAGCUGAUAUCUUCUAUAUAUGGAGAUCAACUUUUACUCGAGAGUGGUAGAGACCAAACGUUUAAUGUUGUUUUGAGGCAAAAACUAAACCAGCAGCAAAUGGAAUCUGAGGAGGAUUCGAAGUGGUUGGCAGAAUCUGAAACGAAUCUGAAACGACUAAGUCUGAAUCAGGAAUCUGAGCCUACCGAAAGUACUUUAACCUCCCCACCAACUAGUCCGAGUUACGUAAGCUUCAGUACUUAUCAGCCGUUGUCGAAGAUGUCGUCUAAACUCGAAAAUUUUACCGCCAAAGAUAACGAAUUGCAUAGUAGUACCUGUUCGGUGACCAGUAGUAAAAGUCAUUCCCCCGUAGAGUCUGCAUUGAAUACGUUAAAAAGUAAUCAAAGUGAUGACCUUAAAGAAGAUUCGUGUAAUAGUACAGUAUCUGCUGUAAUAGAGUGUGAAAAUAGGGAUACUACGCCAACUUCUGCGCACUAUCUCGAUAGAACUAACGACCGAGUGUACGAAUGUACGACAGACGUCGUCCGUGCAGUGAUGUCUCUUUCUCAAAAUGUCCAAAAGGCUGUAGCUGACCAGUAUCUCGACUUGGUCAAGAAAGUAGGCGUGGAACUGAGAGCGCUUCUCGCCAGUGUCGAUGAUAUCGUCCCUUUAUUUCCAUCGACAGCUCAUCGAGAAGUCGAAAUGGCACAUAAAGUUUUAUCUAAAGAUAUGUCUGAGUUGGUGAAUGCCAUGAAGUUAGCCCAGCAGUAUAGUAAUACCACUUUGGAUGUAGAAUAUAGAAAAGGCAUGUUAGGAGCAGCUCACGUAUUAGCAAUGGAUUCCAAGAAUCUCUUAGAUGUGGUAGAUUCAAUAAGAGCCCGCCAUCCCCAUAUAGUCCAACAAGCAAAUAAGUCAUUGAACUCGAUGCCUGAAAGUGAUCAAAACCAGCAAAUUCAGACGAAAGAAAAACCAGCGGCCGAGAUCAUAACGCAGUACCCUUCAUCCAUGUCUCCGACGCCUGUAUCUUGUACUUUUGUGCAAGUACCUCUUUAUACAGCUAAUAUACAAUCGGCUUCCUCUUCUAGUUUGAACACCAACGUACUAGAUAGUUAAUUAAAUUGUAUGUUUUCGUUUGGUGGACAGUGUCACAUUGACAGAUUUGUUUCUAAUAAAAACAUUGAAGUAGGUACUGCUUGAGUCGAAUGUUUAUACGGGGUGGCGAACAGUACAGGUCUUGGAAUAUUGUAUGGAUAUACCGGGUGGUGAAUCGUAAAACGGGCUAGGAAACUCAAAGUAAAAUUCUAAACUGUUGAAUUCCUGCUUCCCUAAUUAUUUUACAUAAAAAAUCAUGAGAGAAUAUUUGCAGAGAAUUGAAAUCUGUAUUAAAAUCAAAAGUUAAAAUUGUUCUACGAUUUUAACGCAUUCCAAAAUUUUGAAAAAUAUAAUACAUUUGCCACAGUAGGUAUGUGUGUAAAAGUUAGGCCACACGUUACUAUUUAACUGACAGUGCUCACACCAUUGUCUGAAUAAAAAAUCUUUAUUAUUAAUACUUUCUCCGCAACUGAGGGUAUCUUAUCAACUGUAUUGCUUUUAAACAAUAAAUGAUAAAAUAAAAAUAUUGACAGUUCAAAAAUGUGAAAAUAAUAACUUCAUUGUGACACAUUAUUGCACUGUGUGUGGCCUAAUUUUGGGCUGAAGAACUGAAAAAUGUAUUAAAUUUUUACAAAAUUUUGGAAUAUGUUUAAUUCGUAGAACAAUUUUAACAGUUGUUUUCAAUAGAUUUCAAUCCUCUACAAAUAGUUUCUAAUGUCUUUUGAUGUAAAAUAAUUAGGGAAGCAGGAAUUCAACAGUUUAGAAUUUUACAUUGAGUUUCCUAUGGCCCGUUUUGCAAUUCACCACCCGGUAUGAGAAGAUAUAGAUUUCUGAUUUUCACAAAAGUUGUAUAUUAAAAGAAAACCAUAUUUUGGAAGAAAAGGGUUGUCGUGUAAUAAGAAUUGAAGUUUCAUGUUAGAUAAUAUUUUUUUCACAAAAAUCUACGAAUUGUAAAAAAUACGAGGCUUGGUCAAUUGAAACACAUCUUUGUUCCAAUCAUUGAAAUAAUUCUUGCUUGCUUAAUAAUUUUGCUUAAAUAAUUCUUGUGGCCGUUGCUCGAAGAAUUAUUUUACAGUAUUUUUUACUUCUUCGUCCGACUGAAAACUAUUACUUUUUACGCCGUUUUCAAUAGCCCAAAUAUGUGAAAAUCGCAAGGAAAUAAAUCGAGACUAUAGGGUGGAUGCUCUACAGAAAAAUGAGCCUACGUGAGAGCUUUCCUGGACUUCUUCGUCUUAUUGCUUGAUGGAACUUGUUCAAGAUUUGAUUAUACAGGUUUGAAUUGAUUUGAACUGUAGGUGCUGAAAACUGUAUGAGCAAGGGUCCUGCAUGGUUGAAAAAAAUGUUUUUUACCACACGCUAAUUACAUUUGGACUGAUUGUUAACACCAAACGUCAUUUUUAAAUCAUAAUACUUAUAAUCGCAGUAAAAUACAAAUGAAAGGAACUGAUCGGUGUGACGUCUACAAACAUAAUUCACAUUGCAGAAUGUCAUUUAAGUGAUUACAAUUAUUGCUUUCAAGGCUAACCUGACCAAAAAUGAGUUUCAAUUGAACAAGAAUAGUAAGGAUUUUAACCUGCGAAUUCAAAAUACUGACUGUCUAACUAAACAAAUAAUGGGUUGUAAACAUAUUUUAUGUAAUAUACUAUUAUGAUCUAUAUUUUCUCCUUGUUAAUCUCCUUUUUGAACCAAAAUUCAUUCAAAUGAAUCGGUAGACUGUUCUUAUUAUUAUAAAAAAAAAACAAAAUUUUAUUUUCACUUUUUUAAAUAGAUUAGUUAUAUCUUCUAUGAAUUUAUGAAUGAAUAAUUUUUGCUGUGAAACUGUUAAGUUGACAAAAAAAUAUGGUAUGUAAUACAAAACAACUCUGACUAACUUUUCCUAUCGUCCUUAUUUCUUCUCCUGGAUUGUGUUGUCCUCAGUUCUCCCACAACGUGCUCCUCGGAUGCUGCAACUGUCCUUCUCCUUCAAACGGUUUAAAAAACAGCACUCGCACGAAUUCUCUCCUUAAUUAAAUCUCUGAAACAAUAUAAUUUUUAGAAUUCCAUGAUUUUUCUCUCAGCUCGGUAUCUCGUGCAAAGUUUAUAUAAAACGGCUACUUGUUCCAGACAGAAACUGAAAUCUAUUCGGACACAAGGAGUUUGUACUUCUCGACUUGAUCACGAUUUCAUCUCAACACGAAUCUGCUUCCACGACCACCAAAUUAACACACUUUACACAAAAAUACUACUUUCAAAAACUGGACUCCCUGCUCUUGAUGUUAAUUACACAGUAAAUCUUUUUCCCUCAUCAAUCUGAGACUCGCCACUCUAUUCCCCUUCCACCGGUCUCCUCUCCAAUCACAAGCAAUCUCCACACAUCAUAUCCCUCCUUUUUUUCUUAAGAACAAAUAGUAUUGUAGACAACAUUUCUAUCUCGUCAAUUUCCAGCAGAUAUUAAAAUUAAACUUACUUACAAUCUAGAAAAACCCUCUAUUCUAACUAAACAAAAUUGUUUACGAUCCGUUUCUUUCUGCGAAAACACUUAGAAUCUAUGUCCAUUGUUUACUCCAACCGCGGAUACAUUAACUUUCUAAACAAGCGUUCGUAUUUCAUUGUUUUUGAAAUGUAUAAAUAGUUCGUAGAAACUUUACCAGUAAAUUUUACUCUUACCUACUCUAUUUUUAUUUACAAAUUGACUAUAUACAGGGCCAUGAAAAUUUACGAUCUCGUGGUCUUUGACAUAAAAUUAAUUCUCUAAAUUUUCCCCAUAAAAAAUAUUUAACCAUACCUAUAACACUGUGUACACCAACUUUGCCAAAAUCAGGGAAUUAGCUUGCUUUUAUAUUCACACAAAAUCUUCUGAAAUCGAUACUUUACGCCACCCUGUACAUAUUCUAGUUUAUUUUAUUACACAUAUAUAAAAUGUGAUACUUUCCGAUGUUAUAAAUAAUUGUGUUAUAUAUUCUGUGAAAGAAAGAAGGUAUUAAAAAGAUUUAGAAAUUU